AGCCGGAGUGGGACUGCUCUGUAAGGCACUCAGUGGUUUGCAGAGUGGUAGCUGCAGACAGAACUCCCUGCCCUGGAUAAGGAGCAGCUACAGUCGCUGUUAAUGUGCCUGAAAAGCAAUUUCCAAUCUUUGCGUUAGGAUUUCAGAUGCAUGCCAGGUUUCCACUGAUUGCCAGAAUUCAAGAUCACUACACAUGGAUCCCCAAAAUCAACAUGGCAGUGGCAGUUCAUUAGUUGUGAUCCAGCAGCCUGCUUUGGAUAACCGUCAGAGAUUAGACUAUGAGAGAGAGAUUCAGCCUGCUGCUAUUUUGUCCUUAGACCAGAUCAAGGCCAUCAGAGGCAGCAAUGAAUACACAGAAGGGCCAUCAGUGGUGAAAAGACCUGCUCUUCGAACAGCACCAAGACAAGAAAAGCAUGAAAGGACUCAUGAAAUCAUACCAAUUAAUGUGAAUAAUAACUAUGAGCAUAGACCUACCAGCCACCUGGGACAUGCGGGACUCUCAAAUAAUACCAGAGGCCCCAUAUUGAGCAGAUCAACCAGCACUGGAAGUGCAGCCAGUUCUGGGAGCAACAGCAGUGCCUCUUCUGAGCAGGGGCUGUUAGGAAGGUCACCGCCAACCAGACCAGUCUCUGGUCACAGGUCUGAAAGGGCAAUCCGGACCCAGCCCAAGCAACUGAUUGUGGAUGACUUAAAGGGUUCCCUGAAACAGGACCUGACACAGCACAAGUUCAUUUGUGAACAGUGUGGGAAGUGCAAGUGCGGAGAAUGCACAGCUCCCAGGACCCUGCCAUCCUGUUUGGCCUGUAACCGGCAGUGCCUUUGCUCUGCUGAGAGCAUGGUGGAAUAUGGAACCUGCAUGUGCUUGGUCAAGGGCAUCUUCUACCACUGCUCCAAUGACGAUGAAGGGGAUUCUUACUCGGAUAAUCCUUGCUCCUGUUCACAGUCACACUGCUGCUCUAGGUACCUGUGUAUGGGAGCCAUGUCUCUGUUUUUACCUUGCUUACUCUGUUACCCUCCUGCUAAGGGAUGCCUGAAGCUGUGCAGGGGGUGUUAUGACUGGAUCCAUCGCCCUGGGUGCAGAUGUAAGAACUCCAACACGGUCUAUUGUAAGCUGGAGAGCUGCCCCUCCCGGGGUCAGGGUAAACCAUCAUGAUUUUUGGAGGUGGGUUGGGCCUCCUGAACUUCUAGCUUUCAAGCUGUGGCUGUUAUGAAAAGAUCCUGUUAGAUCCUGGUUUUAUUUUCUUUGCAGUUUUUCCCUGUUUCCCACAUUCUCUCCCCCUCUUCCCAAGGUUUGACUCAUGGAUUUCACUCUAAUGGUUGAUCUUCAGUAACAGUGAACUGUGAAACUGCACCUGGCUGCCCCUUAUGACAAGAGCCUCUGCCAUCCACUCGAGAGGAUAUUGAGAGCCAGGGGGCUUUUGUGUAGCCUUUUUGUUCUGCAAGCAACUUUCCGAAGUUGUACACAUGAACAUACCCACACACACACCCAGACUACAGUGAUUUAGAGCUGUUUUUGAUUGGGUACUCUGGGAGCAGGGAAAUUGGUUUUUUAAAGAGGCAACCAUUUAAUUGCUUAAAUAAGCUAUGUAUUAAAUCUGUCUCCAAUUAGGGCUCUCUUCAUAGCAUUGGACCCUUAAGUAGCAAGGGGGAUAUGUUUCUGUUAUAACAUUAAAGUUCUCCUUUAACCACUGCCUUCUCCUUCUUGCCCCUCAACGUUCUCUCCCCUCAGUUCUGGCAUUAUCUUAUUCUAGAGAUGCCAGUUUUGUUUUCUGGGUUUUUUUCCCGUGUAAUUUUAGAUUCGCUUUACAAUAUAAAUCUUCACAUUGGAGAUAUAUUAGUUGUAUCUUGUUCAUCCUCGUUCAGAGCUUUCGUAUUUGUGAAGGACUCGGCUCCCUUCCAUACCCCCACGCUUUUCACCAAAUUACUCUUGUCACUGAGGGCACUUGGAUGACUGAAGUUGAUAUUUAUAGCUGAUCGAUCUAUACAUGUCACAGAACUAUGCUGCCUAAAGUGAUCUUGGCUCCUUAAUGGUUUUUGGACCCUUUGGUUAGUUAACAGCUGAGUAGUUCUAAUCUUUUCUGUUUUCAUUGCCUUAACCACAAAUUGUGGUGCUUUUUGUAUAUUUUAUGUAUAAAUCACAAAGUUGAAUUCUGACUAUUUUUAAGACAAAAGUCUGUUAAACUUUUUUAUUGUAAAGAAUAUUUAUUAUGCGAAUCUAUUAUUUUAUGAUAUUUAUUGCAAAAACUGUUGAAAUGUACUCAUGUCUGAAUAUAACAAAAUAUCAAUACAUAACGGAAAAUAAGGUGACACCAAGAAAGUACAUAUGUUAACUAUAAUGCAGAAAAUAUAUUAAUUAAUGAACCUGUC